CUCUGUUUCUUGGACGUGAUGCGAUGCAUCCAAAUCCCAAACGCAUGCAUAUUUGAUUUUGCCGCUGGCUUUCCCGUCCAACGCCGCCGGUCUCCUCUCGCCGGCUUCCGGCUAGCAUAUGUGGACGGGCACCCCGUACUCCUUCGCCGUCCUCGAACGCCUCCUCCAGGAUCACUUCUCCGCCCCUCGCCGCCUCCUCCAGGUCCAUCCCCUCCUCCUCACCUCCGGCGCGCUCUCCACCUCCCACGCCGCCGCCACCUUCCCCUACAACUGCCUCAUCCAUGCCCACCUCCGCCUCCCCGCUUCCACCGUUGCCCCGCUAUGCGCCCCCCUCCGCCUCUUCUCGUCCAUGCUCGCCGCCGGCGCGCGCCCCAACGGCCACACGUUCCCUUCCCUCCUCAGGUCCGCCUCCGCCUCCGGACCAGCCACCGGGGCCCUCCACUCGCAGUGCCUCCGCCGCGGGCUUACGGCCGAUCGCUUCGUUGCAUGCUCGCUCGUUAGCUCCUAUGGCCGAGCUGGCCGUCUCGCGUGUGACGCUUCUAAGGUGUUUGAUGAAAUGGCCAGCCCGGAUCUGUCCUCCUCUAACGCCAUGCUUGAUGUGCUGUGCCUCGCCGGGGACGUGGCUGUGGCUAGAGAAUUCUUUGAGCGGAUGGUGGUGAGGGAUGUGGUGUCGUGGACGACGCUCAUCUCCGGGUUAUCCAGGAAUGGGUGCCACUGGGAUGCUGUUGAGGUCUUCAGGGGAUUGUUGGUGGACAACAAGGGGCAGCUCGGGGAGGCCACAUUGGUCAGCGUGCUAUCGGCUUGUGCAAAUUUGGAUGGUGCUGAGGGGCUUGCGGUUGGGACAGCUGUUCACGCCUAUGUUCUUCGGCAUGAGGUUGACCUCACAGCGUUCUUGGGCACGGCGUUGAUCGACAUGUAUGGGAAGUAUGGGAAGCUCGACUGUUGUAGGAGAGCUUUUCAGAUUGUAUGCGAGAAGGAGGUCUGUACGUGGAAUGCACUCCUCUCUGCACUGGCUAAUCAUGGGAAAGAGACUGAAGCACUGGUCAAGUUCAACAUGAUGAUAGUUGGAGGGUUCUUGCCAAAUCAGAUUACAUUUCUUGCUCUACUGACAGGUUGUGCUCGAGCAGGAUUAGUGGAGAUUGGGUUAUACUGGUUCGAGACGAUGGUGACUGAAUACAAGGUGACUCCGAUGAUGGCCCAUUAUGGAUGUGUUGUGGACCUGUUAAGCCAUGCUGGCCGUUUUAUGGAGGCCAUUGAGAAGAUAGAGCGGAUGCCCUUUUUGCCUGAUGCUUCUGUCUGGGGCGCGCUUCUUGGUGCUUGCAAGCUCCAUGGAAAUGUGGAGCUUGUUGCUGAGAUUGGGCGAAAACUAGUGGCUCUUGGUCCUCAGCAAUCCGACCGGUAUGUGACUAUCAGAAAUAUUUAUCUAGAAAAUGGGAAUUGGUGUGCUGCGACGAGAAUGGGUGAGGUGAUGCAUGAGGCCGGGAUCAAGAAGACAGCAGGGCAAAGCAGUGUUGUGUUUCACAGCUCUGCCAUUACUUGACUAGAGUUUGUUUGUUGCAAAUAUUGCUCUUCUGGGACUACCGUUUGUUUCUCAUGAUUUGUAUCUUUAGGAAAAUACUAAACCACAUCUUGUUGUUCAAGCUUAUAACAAAUAUUUGACGUAAUGAAGAAUCAAAUUUUUAUUCA